UUUCUAAAAGAUGACUAGGAGAAUCAAACUACAAAUUAUUAUUUUUUUUAGUUCAAUUGAUUCCGUAAACCUAAAAGGUUACCAAGCAUGAGCAUGGCAUCGUAACCUUUCUGUUAACUACCUACACUCUACAGCAAUUCAUGCCAAACAUAACCAUUCGUGUCAAGUCUUAAUCCACGUGAUUCUUCAAUAUUAAAAAAAUGGGUAAGAGCAAAAAAGUGAAGCCGUCCCAGAAGAUGGCAAAACCCACUCUGGAAGAGCAAAUCGCCGAUGCCAUUCAGCAGAAGCAAAGGCAGAAAACUAGGAUCCGAGCAGACGAGGAAGAAUCCUUUGUCGAUGCCAGGACUAGUGAAAAAAUCCUCAAAGAGGCUAGGAAGCAACAACAGGAGCUUGAAGAAGAAACUAUAGAAGGUUCACAAUUUUCUGCAGCCAAAUUGCACACUCUUGAUGGAGAGGAUGGUUCAGAUGAAGAAGAAGUUUUAGAUGAAACUCAGGACUUUUAUGAAAAUGUUGUUAUAAAUGAGGAAGAUGAGAAAGCUCUUGAACUAUUCAUGAACAAAAACCCAGCUCCGCGGUUAACUUUGGCUGACAUAAUAAAAGAAAAAAUCACAGAGAAACAAACAGAAUUGCAGUCACAAUUUUCCGAUAAUGCCAGUGUAAAUCUUCAGGAUGUUGAUCCUCGUGUUAAAGCUAUGUACGAAGGGGUGCGUGACGUUCUGAAAAAAUACCGAGCUGGAAAAGUGCCCAAAGCUUUUAAAAUCAUACCUAAACUUCGUAACUGGGAACAACUAUUAUUUAUCACUGAACCUGAAUCAUGGUCUGCAGCCAGUGUCUAUAUGGCUACGAGGAUAUUUGCAUCCAACCUGAAAGAAAAAAUGGCUCAACGGUUUUACAACCUUGUCCUUUUACCUAGGAUAAGAGAUGACAUAACUGAAUACAAAAGACUAAAUUUUCAUCUGUAUCAGGCAUUAAGGAAGGCGUUAUUUAAACCCGGAGCAUUUAUGAAAGGUUUUAUUAUUCCUCUUUGCGAGUCUGGAACAUGUACAUUGAGAGAAGCAAUUAUAAUUAGCUCUGUUAUUGCCAAAAAUUCUGUCCCAAUGCUCCAUUCUGCAGCAACUAUUUUGAAGAUUGCCGAAAUGGAUUACACUGGUGCCAAUUCGAUUUUCCUCAGGGUUUUACUUGACAAAAAAUACGCUCUACCAUAUAGGGUAGUAGAUGCAGUUGUUUUUCAUUUCUUAAGGUUCCGCAAUGAGAAAAGGGAAUUGCCAGUGUUGUGGCACCAAGCAUUUUUAACGUUUGUUCAGCGGUAUAAGAGUGACAUAAGCUCCGAACAAAAAGAGGCCUUACUUCAGCUUCUUAAAUAUCAAUUUCAUCCAGUAAUAACACAGGAUAUUAGAAGAGAAUUGCAAUUCUCUAAGUGUAGAGAUGUGGAAAUUAGUGAGCCUAUGGCUGAGUGAUGUACAAAGUUACCUGUCUUAUGUACAAAAUUUUUAAUUUUACUGUAAAUAUAUUAUACAAUGUACUGCACAAUUUUUUAAAAUACAAUGAUAUAUUUAGUUUAUA